AUGCCACAAAAUGAAUAUAUUGAGUUGCAUCGCAAACGAUAUGGCUAUUGUUUGGACUACCAUGAGAAAAGGAGAAAGAAAGAAGGUUGGGAGGCCCAUGAACGUUCAAAGAAGGAAAAAAAAAAGAAAAAAAAAAAGAUUGGCCUGAAGGCUAAGUUCUACCAUAAACAGCGCCAUGCCGAGAAAAUACAAAUGAAAAAGAUUAUUAAGAUGCAUGAAAAGAGAAACACCAAGCAGAAGGAUGAUGAGAAGACUCCACGGGGAGCAGUGCCUGCCUGUCUGCUGGACAGAGAGGGGCAGUCCAGAGCAAAAGUACUUUCCAACAUGAUUAAGCAGAAACGAAAAGAAAAGGCAGGAAAUUGGGAGGUUCCUCUACCCAAAGUUCGUGCCCAAGGAGAAACGGAAGUAUUGAAAGUUAUUCGAACAGGAAAAAGAAAAAAGAAGGCGUGGAAGAGAAUGGUUACCAAAGUCUGCUUUGUUGGUGAUGGUUUUACAAGAAAACCACCUAAAUAUGAAAGGUUCAUUAGGCCAAUGGGUCUACGUUUCAAAAAAGCCCAUGUCACACACCCUGAGCUGAAGGCUACUUUUUGCCUGCCUAUACUCGGUGUGAAAAAGAAUCCAUCAUCCCCGUUAUAUACAACCCUGGGUGUGAUCACCAAAGGUACAGUUAUUGAAGUGAACGUGAGCGAGUUGGGCCUUGUGACACAAGGAGGCAAGGUUAUUUGGGGAAAAUAUGCCCAAGUUACCAACAAUCCUGAAAAUGAUGGGUGCAUAAAUGCAGUCUUGCUGGUUUGACAGUGACAUCAUACAAGUCAUUCCACUCACUAGGAAGACUACAUGCUGUCAGGAAAACACCAUCGCUGUGACCUUUCUGAACUACCAUGCAGCCUUACCCCAUGUGCAGUCAUCAAGAAGUAUUCAUUAAGGUGUAAAGGAAAAUAAAACACUGCCCUAUUUUACAGUUGGUCUUUGGUUUGGGGGCCUAAUGACUUACAUGUUAAUAAAAUUUAGUGACUGAGUA